CCGAAGGGUCAGGCAAGCCUUGGAGAAGGUGAGGUCCGGAGGUUGGAGCCCGGGUCAGGAGGAGGCAAGGGUCAGACCUCCUGAGAGAUGCCUGGGAAGCCAUCAGAGGAGAAACAGGUGGAAAUGGAGAUGGGGUCUGUGGAGAACGGUGCUGGGGAGGACCUGGGGGGCCUCACGGCAGAGGAGCUGCGGCAGGGCCAGGAAGCGGCCCUGGCACUGGAGGACAUGAUGGCGCUGAGCGCCCAGACCCUGGUCCAGGCCGAGGUGGACGAGCUCUACCAGCACGUGCGUCCCCUGGGCCAGGGUCGCUUUGGCCGGGUCCUGCUGGUCACCCACCGUCAGAAAGGCACAACCUUUGCCCUGAAGCAGCUCCCGAAGGCCUCCACCACCCUCCGAGGCUUCCUGUAUGAGUUCUGUGUGGGCCUCUCCCUGGGCUCGCACUCGGCCAUCGUGGCGGCCUACGGCAUUGGCGUGGAGUCAGUCGACUCCUACAGCUUCCUGACCGAGCCUGUCCUGCAUGGAGACCUCAUCGCCUUCAUCCAGCCCAAGGUGGGCCUCCUGCAGCCAGCAGCCCAGCGCUGUGCGGCCCAGCUGGCCUCAGCCCUGGAGCACAUCCACUCCCGCGGCCUGGUGUACCGGGACCUCAAGCCGGAGAACGUGCUGGUGUGCGACCCAGCCUGCCGGUGGGUCAAGCUUACCGACUUCGGCCACACGCGGCCCCGCGGAACCCUGCUGCGCCUGGUGGGGCCGCCCAUACCCUACACGGCCCCGGAGCUCUGUGGCCCCCCGCCCCUCCCCGAGGGCCUGCCCAUCCAGCCCGCCCUGGACGCUUGGGCACUGGGCGUCCUGCUCUUCUGCCUUCUCACUGGCUACUUCCCCUGGGACCAGCCCCUGGUGGAGGCCGACCCCUUCUAUGAGGACUACGUCAUCUGGCAGGCCUCAGGCCAGCCCCAGGCCCGUCCUCAGCCCUGGCUUGGCCUGACGCCCGUGGCAGACGCUCUCCUGUGGGGGCUGCUGGACCCUCACCCCCGAAGGAGAAGCCCCGUGAGCUCCAUCCGGGACUACCUGGGGCGGCCCUGGAGGCAGCGGGAGGGGGAGGCCGAGGAGGUGCCCCAGGGGGAGAAGGGGGACCCAGAGUGAGAAGCACGGGGGCAGCCCGGGCCCAGCCCGGCCUGGGGAGGCUCCGGAAGGCAACCCCAGCCCCCAUCCUGAGGCCUCCUCCGCAUUCAUGGGUGGCGGCUGGCUGCUCUGCUGUCUGUUGGUCUCUGUCUCAUGAUUUUCCCCUUUCUGUCCUUAAUUCCCACGUCAGGGCAUCUGUCUGCUGCCUUGGUCCGGGGGAAGGGGGUCUCCGGGAGCACCCCGUGUCUGUCCACACCUGCCCCAUCUUCCCCGGGCCUUGGCACCCGCUGCUCCCUUUGCCUGCGGUGCUCUGGGUGCUUUCCCGCACCUCCUGCCAAGCUGUCUCAGCCAGGCCGCCCCUCACCACCGCGGGACACUACAGCCUGCACUCCCAGCCCCCUACUCUUGCUCCGCUCCCCUUUCCUCUGUGACACUCACUCCCUUCCAGCCGGACAAUUGAUCUAUUCGUAGUGGUUAUUCUGCAUGCCCGGCUGGAAUGUGGGCUCCCGGGGGCCCAGGAUCUCAGCCUGUCCUGCUCUCUGACGGAUGCCACGUAGAAGGGGUCAUCCUGCCCCGUGUAGGUGGUCCACAGAUGCUUAUUCAGUAAACGGACCCCCCUGGUUUUGCACAGCCUCCCUCCGUGUAUGCCUGUCUUCCUGCCCUUGUCUUUUCUGUUUUGCUGGGUUCCGCUCCCUGCCUAACUCCCUCUUCCUCCCCACAUGCUGGGCCCACGCCCUCUCGAUAAUGUGCUUUGUCUCUCUGUCACCCCAACCGCUCUGCAAAUAAAGUCCAUCUGGCACUUA